AUGAUCAAGGUGGUUGGCAAUGACCAUCUGGGGAAGACGGUCUGCGUGAAAUGUAACACAGAUGACACCAUCGGGGACCUUAAGAAGCUGAUUGCAGCCCAGACUGUCACCUGUUGGAACAAGAUCGUGCUGAAAAAGUGGUACACGAUUUUCAAGGAUCAUGCAUCUCUGGGGGAUUAUGAAGUCCAUGAUGGGAUGAACCCGGAACUUGAUUAUCAGUAG